GGAGUAACCGAAGAGAUGGCAUGAGUAGUGAGUAGUGAGUAGUGAGUAGUGAGUGUUACGUGAAAGUGAUUUUCUUCUCCAUCCCAAGAUUCUCCAAGAAUCCAAAAGACCCAUGGCCAACAAUCAUUUUUCUUCUUCUUUUUGUUGUUGUGCCCGCUACGGCAGCGUUUUGAAGUCGAGAAAAACACACAUCUACGCACUCAUUCUCCUUGCCUGCGUGGCCUCCUAUCUCCUGGCCGCGCACCAGCAGGAAGCGCGGCUCUCCGCCCUGAACCUCUCCGUCUUCCUGCCGUGCGACGGUUUGAAUGUCUCGGCGCCUUCCAGAAGCUUCCCUCGGUGCAGCGCCAACUUCACGGAGUACACGCCGUGCGAGGAUCCGCAGCGGUCGCUAGCGUACAAGCGGAGCAGAAUGAUAUACAGAGAGAGGCACUGUCCGCAGGAAGCGUUGAAGUGUAGGGUUCCUGCGCCCUACGGAUACCGGAACCCCUUCCCAUGGCCCGCCAGCAGGGACCGAGCGUGGUUCGCCAACGUCCCCCACCGCGAGCUCACCGUCGAGAAGGCCGUUCAGAACUGGAUCCGCUCCGACGGCGACCGCUUCAUCUUCCCCGGCGGCGGAACCACCUUCCCCAACGGCGCUCAGGCCUACAUUGAGGACAUCGGAAAGUUGAUUAAUCUUAAAGAUGGUUCCCUCAGGACUGCUCUUGAUACUGGCUGUGGGGUUGCUAGCUGGGGAGCGUAUCUUCUAUCACGUGACAUCGUAACAAUGUCUAUUGCACCAAGGGAUACCCACGAAGCACAAGUUCAGUUUGCUCUGGAGCGAGGAGUUCCUGCAUUCAUCGGAAUCCUAGCCACUAAGAGGCUCCCUUUCCCUUCCAGAGCUUUUGACAUCUCCCAUUGUUCUCGCUGCCUCAUCCCUUGGGCUCAAUAUGAUGGCAUUUUUCUGAACGAAGUGGAUCGAGUUCUACGCCCUGGCGGCUAUUGGAUUCUAUCUGGCCCACCAAUCAACUGGAAGAAAUACUGGAAAGGGUGGCAAAGAAAAAAGAAGGACCUGCAAGAAGAGCAGACUAAAAUUGAGAACGUUGCCAAAAGCCUUUGCUGGAACAAGCUAAUCGAGAAGGACGAUAUUGCUAUCUGGCAGAAACCCAAAAACCAUUUUCAUUGCAAGCCCACCCAACACCGCUCUUUCUGCACUGCAGUUGCACAAAACCAUCCCGACAAGGCCUGGUAUACUGACAUGGAAACGUGUUUGACUCCUCUUCCUCAAGUGUCUAGCAAACAAGAAACCGCAGGUGGGCUACUGGACAAUUGGCCAAAGAGAUUCAAAUCCAUCCCCCCAAGGAUUUAUCAGGCUACAAUACAAGGGAUUACACCUGAAACUUAUUCAGAAAAUUCUGACAUGUGGAACAAAAGGAUAUCUUAUUAUAAGACACUCAAUAAUCAACUAGGAACUGGGAGAUAUCGCAAUCUUUUGGACAUGAAUGCCUAUUUGGGUGGAUUUGCCGCUGCACUAAUUCAGGACCCUGUUUGGGUCAUGAAUGUGGUUCCUGUUCAGGCUAAGGUUAACACACUUGGGGUCAUAUAUGAACGCGGAUUCAUUGGAAUAUACCAUGACUGGUGUGAAGCAAUGUCUACUUAUCCUAGGACUUAUGAUCUGAUUCAUGCUGAUUCACUGUUCAGCCUUUACAGUAACAGAUGUGAAUUGGAAGACAUUAUGCUCGAAAUGGAUAGAAUUCUUAGACCGGAAGGAUGUGUUAUCAUCCGAGAUGAUGUUGAUAUAUUGGUAAAAGUGAAGAGCAUCGUGAAUGGACUGGAAUGGGAUAGUAUAAUUGUAGACCACGAAGAUGGUCCUCUUGUAAGAGAGAAACUUCUAUUUGCUGUGAAGAAGUAUUGGACAGCUCCAGCAGCUUCUGACAAGACUGAUUAAUUACUUUUCUUUUUCUGCUUCAGGUUUCCUUUUUUUUUGUUAUUAUUUUUUUCAAUUUAUUCCCUUUGUCUUUUAACUUAAAUAUUUUUUGGAGGGUGGGGGUAUAUGGAAGCAUUUUUUGUGGAAUGCAAAUUCACUCUAAUUGUGCAUAGCACCAAGUCCAGAGAUUAGCAUUGUUGUGUUAGUAAGAAUUACCAGAGUGAUUAAUUUCAUAUGAUUUCACUACAACUGUCAUAGUUACUUAGACAAUGACCUU